ACCAGACCACUUUUGGAGAAAUUGACCUACAGUUCUUUGUUCUAACAUUAUAUUAAUUUGCAAAAUGUCCAUAAAGACUUCAAAGUCAGGAUUCUCUGUUCGUGAUAUUUUAGACCUCCCGGAUACGAAUGAUGAAGGAUCGGUGACUGAAGACACUGAAGAUGAGGCGGAUGAAGAACUUUCUGGAAAUAAGCAGCAGCCGUUUUGGCCAGGAUCUGCAUAUGGUCAUCAAUAUCCAUCACUACCAACAGCAUCUCCAGAGGAUUUAACACCGGAACUGUCCACGGAUGAGUCUCAAGAUCGUGACAGGGAGAGUUCAGAGGACUCUGAGGGCGCAGGGAAAAAGCGCAAAAGAAGAAUACUGUUUUCAAAAGCUCAGACGUUUGAAUUGGAGAGACGCUUUAGGCAACAAAGAUACUUAUCAGCCCCCGAGAGAGAACAUCUGGCUAGGGUGAUACGUUUAACUCCAACACAGGUGAAGAUAUGGUUUCAGAACCAUCGGUAUAAAGUCAAGAGGGUUCGGGCCGAAAAUGGAAUGGACCCGGGAUAUCUGGUCUCUCCAAGGCGGGUGUCUAUUCCCGUUCUGGUGAGGGACGGAAGACCAUGCCAUGUUCUCAGUCCUCAGGACAUCACCGGUACCUUUCCAGAAGGUGCACCAUUUUCUGCUGUCAACAUAAAGCAAUUUCCGCAAAUACAACACAUAAGGCAUAACAUCAGCUCCAGCGUUAUGACACAUCUAACAGCUGUCAGUCAUGUAUCUCACAUGCAACCGUGGACUUGGUGAAAAGGUUAAUGGAGAGCUUUAAUUGCACUUUGGAAAUAUUUUUGAGUUUUCUUCCCUUGUCGUCUCUUUAUAAUUUUUUUAUAGUGUGGAAAUGUCUUUUGUUUAUCUUUUUAAUUUUUGUUUUUUAUUAUUUGCUAAUGGUGUUGUUAUCUCGCCUGUUCAAUAGUGUUUUCGAUGAAAGCGAAAGCCGUGAACACUGGAAAAUUACCGUCUCGCAUAGUGCUGAUAAAAUGUGGGUUUUUUUUCUCCACACAGUUUAUCAAUUCAUUUCAUCAAAAUAGCAGUAUCAAAGUCUCAAAAUACUUUACAAAAUUGUUACAUUUUUAAAAACUGUUGAAGUGAAUUACUGCCAAACAGGUUCUGAGCAUU